UCCUCUUCAUCAACCAAUGGGUGAGAAAAAAAGCAAAUAAAUGAAAGCUUGUUGACUCUGGAAAAUAGUUAAGCCUUAAAAUAUCUCGUCAGAAUGUGUAUCCCUGCCCCUAUCCCUGAGUACUUCGAAGCUGGCUGUUCUUGCUGCACUGCACUAGCAGAACCCGGGCUCGGUCCUUAAAGCCUCCUCCCCUUGGGCAGCUGUCGGGCCGGAGCUUGAGCCCGGGCAGCUCCAGCCUCCGGCCAAGCCCGCGGCACCGGGGCCGCCCCGGCGGCGAUUCCGCAGGCUGUGAGACGGGAAAGGUACCGGGAUCCCGGGCAUUCCUCAGGCUGUGAGAUGGGAAAGGUACCGGGAUCCCGGGCAUUCCUCGGGAUCUGAGACGGGAAAGGUACCGGGAUCCCGGGCAUUCCUCAGGCUAUGAGACGGGAAAGGUACCGGGAUCCCGGGCAUUCCUCGGGAUCUGAGACGGGAAAGGUACCGGGAUCCCGGGCAUUCCGGAGACAGGGAAGUACAGAAGCUCGCGCCCAGGUCGCAGUAUACUUUUUAUUCCUCGGCAACGACAGGAAACAUCACCUGAGCUCAGUAAUCUCCAAAUUAUAGCCUUUUUUGGCUGAGGGGAAAAAAAACAAACAAACAAACAAAAAAAAACCGGUCGACCUAAAGGAUAGGGGUUUCGCAAGUUCUUCGCCGACACCUGGCCCUUCCCGGCAGCCCGAGCCCCCGGGCCGGCCCGGCGGCCGCUCUGAUGCCAGCGAGCGCACGGCGGUGCCCCAUUGAGUCCUUAAGCGCCGCUGAUGGCCCCGGCGCGCCCCUGCCCGGGGCUUUGGCCCUCAGGCUGCGCGCCCUGCCCGGCGCUCCGCGCCCCUGCCUGGCCGCGCCCAGCCGGGCCGGGCCGGGCCCGCGGGAGGGCCGCUGCCCCCUCACGCAGCGCGGUCACGGCCGCGGGCCCCGAGGCGGCCCGGCCGAGCCCGCGCCGCCCUUCAUGGCGACCGGCCCGCCGUGCCUGUGGCUGUGCCUGGCCGGGCUGCUGAGCCUGCGGGCCGGGAGCGCCCUGCCCCUGCGGGACCCGCGGGACGAGGUGCUGGCGGCGGCCUUGCAGCGCCUGCGGGAGGUGUUCGACAUCGAGGAGCUGCCGCCCGACGUGCUGCCGCGCAAGAAGCCGCCCCAGUUCAUGGUGGAUCUCUUCAACAAGGUGGCCGACGCCAACGGCAUCACCCGCGCCCCGGGGCUGCUGCAGGGGGACGUGGUGCGCGGCUUCGAGGACCGAGGUGGGCCCGCGGCGGCGGGGCCGAGCCCGCGGCGAAUCCCCGCGGCGGGCGGGCGGGCGCGGCCCGGCGGGGCUGGCGGGGCUCCUAAAGAAGGCUCUUUUCCAGUUCACGUGGACCACCACCACUUCUACUUCGACAUCAGCGCCAUGGAGAGGGGCGAGCAGAUGCUGAAAGCCGAGUUCAGGGUCUUCAAGCUUAAGAGGACACAUCGGUCCAGAAGGUCCGACGUGCGACACUUCUGCAAAGUGGAAGUGUAUGAGCUCCUGGAGAGUGGAAAUAAGCCACAGAAAAAACAUCUCAUUGCAUCAAGAUUAUUGUCCCUCUAUGCGGAAGGCUGGGAAGUCUUCAACGUCACGCAGACAGUUUCCAAGUGGGUUGGGAACAGCAGCUCCAACCACGGCUUUUGGAUAACUACAACACUUGUUUCCAGCAAUGGAGUGGAGCACGACGUGGUUACAUUUGCCAAGAGCCAGGGCGCUCUGCAGGAGAGUCGAAAAGCUCUCCUUGUCCUCUUCACCAACAGUAACAAACGGAGGUCUCACAGCUUUGUACCCUCUGCUACAAGAGCAGAACCAAACCCUGCCAGAUCUGACGCUCCCCGUGCUCCUCACGACGCUGCCGUGCUGGCGGGCAGCAGUGCCGGCGUGGGCAGGAGGCCCCGCGCCGCCGCCGCGCGCCCGCUGACCGCGUGUCACCGCAGGGAGCUCUACGUGGACUUCCAGGCCAUUGGCUGGUCAGGAUGGAUUAUUCACCCGAGUGGAUACAAUGCGUUUUAUUGCAGAGGAUCCUGCAUCUUCCCUUUGGGGGAAAGCCUAAAUGCGACAAACCAUGCUACAGUUCAGUCCAUUGUUUACACACUGAAACUGUCUCAGGAAGUCAGCAUGCCCUGCUGUGUGCCAGAUGAAUUGAAGUCUCUCAAUCUUCUCUACUUUGAUGACAAACAGAAUGUCGUCCUUAAAAAUUAUAAAGACAUGGUGGCAACAAGGUGUGGUUGUCAUUAGCAAGACAUUUUUUUUUCUGCAUUUGAUGUGCACCUGGAUUCAGUUCCCCCUUGGCCACUGAAGAUACCAAAGGAGAUGGCAUUUCAGUUCACAGGGCAGGAGAGACAGAAACCUGUCUGUGCUUCGAAUCCUUCUCUCACCAUGGCUGGGUGGAAAGCUGGCUGGCUUGUGAAGAGCUUCAAGAGACUUCAAGACCUCCAUGGAGAGCUCUUUGAGUGCCUGUACACCAAGGAAACUAUUAAAAUCAGAAACUUGAUACGUGAAGGAGGAGGGAGUUGAAACACAUUAAGUUGAAACACUGUUCAAAUUAAGAUCUUGUUCUGUAUACCAAAGCUCAGAAUUUCCAGUGAUUUAACAGGCGUGGCAUCCUGUCUCAAUCCACGAUGGGAUGCAGGUGCCUUACUAGCACAGCCUUAAUCAGUUUUGGCUUCAUGGUCCAGUGGGGAUGUGCAGUUCUACUUUGAGCUUUCAGGGUAAGCUCUUGCCUAGAGCUAAUUUCAGAGGUCUCUACCACUUGCAUAUCAUGCAUUAUCAGGAAAUGGACUUCUUCCCCUGAGCUUUAAGCAGCUCUACCAAAUGCAGAGACCUCCUCAUAAGUCCCCAUGGGACUUGCUAGCCAGCCAGAAGGAGCCCAUAGGUCAGUAUUUGUCUGGGAAUCAGCAUACUUGGCCUCUAACUCAGGGCUGGAACUGUAUGGUGAGGCCAGUGCCUGUCUCUGUAAUGGCUGUUAGGGUGUGUGGCACCAGAGAUUGCCUCUGUGUGCUUGGUGUACUGUCAGAGCCUAAGCUUGGGUCAGAGUCCUUGUAGUUUAGCAAGAAGAAAGAAAACCAUGGAGCUUUGGAGGUCCAUGGGAAUAUGCUAGAUACUGCCCUGGUCCAGUGUCAGAGGUGAGUUUGGAAUGUACCUGCUGAUUCCCUUUCCUUCUUUGAAGAGUAGGAGGAGACACAGGCUUGGAUGAGGCCCCUUGAGAUCUUUCAGUCUUGCUCCAAUUUCGUGCAGGUGACCAGCCCAUUGCUGUUCCUCAGUCAAUCCAUGGAGUUGUAUCUUAAGCCUGGUUAGGUUUCUUGUCUCCUUAACCCUUGAAGGAGGCUAACCUCUCACAGAAUGUGGCAUCUCCCGUGGGCAGAAUCUUCAAGGAGAAUUUUUUUACUCUAAUGAGAUGUAAAAAAAAAAAAAUAUGUAGGGUCUUUCUUUCUGUAAAUACUGAUGUCUAUAAUAAAUUUAUUUUAUUUAAAAUAAACACUUGGGGCAUAUUAAAAUAAUCUGUAUUAUAAAAUGCUAAUUUUAAAAUAAAUGUAAUGUAACAUUGGUAUGGUUUGUAUGUUGCAU